CCAAAUUUCACCAGGUGGAAACAACCACGAAUCCCAUUAUUUCUCUGAAAAAAUUAAAUCUUGCUAUGUACUUUCUAGAUCAUUAGAAAUUUAGAAGAAUAUAUAUGUAUAGUUUGAGGGUUUUUAUAUACUCCUAUCUUGGAAAUAAUUAACUGGCCGUUGUUUGGUUUCUGAAAAAAAAAAAAGAGAGAGAGUGUGAGAAAUGGGGAGAGGAAGAGUGCAGAUGAAACGCAUUGAGAAUAAGAUCAACAGACAAGUCACUUUCUCAAAAAGGAAGGUUGGGUUGUUGAAGAAAGCUCAUGAGAUCUCAGUGUUGUGUGAUGCAGAGGUGGCUGUGAUUGUAUUCUCCUACAAAGGGAAGAUCUUUGAGUACUCCACAGAUUCUUGCAUGGAGAAGAUCCUUGAGCGAUAUGAAAGACAUUCAUGUUGGGAAACCAAAAUGACUCCCACUGAACUUGAGGCCCCAUAAAACUGGUCCAUGGAUUUCGCCAAACUAAAGGCUAAGAUUGAGCUUCUACAGCAAAAUCACCGGCACUAUAUGGGAGAAGAUCUAGGUUCAUUAAGUAAGAGGGAGCUUCAGAAUUUGGAACAACAGAUUGACACUGCUCUUAAACACAGUCGUUCGAGAAAAAGCCAGCUAAUGUAUGAGUCUAUCUCUGAGCUUCAAAAAAAGGAGAAGGCAAUAAAGGAGCAAAAUACCAUUAUAGCUAAGAAGUGAAUCAUCAAGGAGAAGGAGAAGACUAUAGCUCAGCUGGCACAGUGGCAACAGCCAAACCAUGGUCCUAAUUCAUCUUCAUUACUAUUGCCAGAGCCACUUCCCUACUUAGGGAUUGGUGGCAUUUAUCGAGGAGAAGAGCCAGAAAUGAGGAAUGAACUCGAAUUGACUCUUCAACCGAUCCAUCCACUACACUAUUUAGGAAACUUCUGA